AUGGUCGCCCCCAGGAACGCCGCCUAUGCGGAAGAGAGCGCGGAGGUCGAGGUGCUCUACGCCAAUCUCGACAAGCUUAAAGUGCUCACCAAGAAAAUCCAAGGCUCGCUGGACCGGCUGGAGACGAGCGGCCGCGUGGUCAAGGAGGCCAUCGGGCCCAUCUACAGCAACACCCAGUCUCUCCAGAUCACCAACGCCAACAUCGACCGCGUCAAUGAGGCCAUCGAUAAGCUGCGGAAGCCCCUCGAUGCCAAGGGCCGCGAGGAGGGCACCAUUCGUGCUGGCCCCCAGAGCGCUGGCGUGUCGCAGUAUCUGUCUGCAAUGAAGCGGAUCGAGGGCGCGCUGAAGAACCUGACCGCGACGAACCUGCGAGCUAAUCAACAAGCCAUCGCCGACCUCAACUCGCUGCUGAACACGGGGAGUGCCAAAUUGCAAGACCUGUUCCGCUCCAUGCUGAAGCAGGAUGUCAACCCGGUGGAACCGCUACACUAUCUGACAAAACCUAACGACUGGUCCAAAGAGCUGCCUUUCCCUCCCAUCCCCGAGGAGACCCUAUCUGAGCUAGGACCCAUCGCCGCUGCAAUCAGCUCGGCGGCCUCUGCCGCGGCCCAGGGGCAACAGCGCCAAGGCGAAGACCCUGCGAUUGCGAUCUAUGCCGAAGUCCGUGGGCCGUAUAUCACUUCCAGCUUGCAGAAUCUCGCCAUUGCGUCCGUCAAUACAGUCAAGCGACGACCUUCCGAUGGCCCGUACAAGCAAGGCACAAACGGCGAACAGCAGGGUCGAGCGCUUCAGGCAACCUGCCGCUCUGCGAUGGCGGAGUUUUCCAAGACGCUGCGUGAACUCAACCAGUACAUCAAAUCCAAUCUGAUGACGGACUGCUUCCUCGCCUUUGAGAUCAUCGAGAUCGUGACGGCCAUGUCCUAUCGCAUUGAUUCCAAGACAGGAGAACUGAAGAGCCUGUUUAUCGAGGCCCUUCGGCCCGUGCGCGAAACAGCCAAAUCCUCUCUCUCGGAGCUCCUGGAGGAAACAAAGCGGAAAGCAGCGAGUAUUCCUGUUCUUCCGCCCGACGGCGGCUCAGUGCCGCUGGUGAACGAGGUGAUGAGCUCUUUGACGACCCUGACAGGUUACUCCGGUCCACUGGCGUCCAUCCUCACGUCACUGGGCGACGGGAACUGGCGUUCCACAUCCAAUACAGCAAGCAAUGCUCCCCUGGAUGUGAGUCCGGACAGCCAGACGCUAUUCUCGCACUUCAUUCUGGACAUGAUCGAGGCCCUGAUCAACUCUCUCGAGGCUCGCGGUCGGGCUUUCCAUCGUUCCAAGGCGACGCUGGGCGUCUUCAUCUCGAACAUCUUCUGCAUUGUCGAUCGCUCCAUCCGCCAGAGCCCGGAACUGUCCCGCUAUCUUUCCAGCCCGGACAGUAUCGCGCGGAUCGAUGCGUUUCGCAAACGGGGCACGUCCACGUAUCUGGAGGCCUGGAAAGAGGCGUCACAGCACCUGUUCGAUGUGCAAUAUACCUCUCGAGGCGCCCGUCCUACAUCAGGGGGGCCUGUCGACUCGGCGGCGAUCGUCAAGUCACUCUCGUCCAAGGACAAGGACACGAUCAAAGAGAAAUUCAAGUCGUUCAACGCCGCCUUCGACGAACUGGUCGCCCGGCACAAGGCACUCUACGAUGGGAGCGCGAGGUGCGCGGUGCCUUGGCGCGCGAAGUGCAGGCCGUCAUCGAGCCGCUCUACGCACGCUUCUGGGAUCGCUACCACGAGAUCGACAAGGGCCGGGGCAAGUACGUCAAAUACGACAAGGGAGCCUUGUCCGCGCAGCUACAAGCCUUGGCCUGAACUUAAAGACACAAGAUCGUUUAUUUCUUGUUCAAAAAUACUCGCUGAUAUUUCCAAAGAACUACAAAUAUGA